AGUCACAAGAAAUCUAAAAGAUUUGUAAAAAAAAUUCUCCAGUAAUUGGAAUUAAAUUUGUUUUGUGGUUAUGGAGGCUAGAAUAAAGUUAUACUUGUCAAAAUUUGUGUAGGGAAAUUGGUGCUCGAAGUAAUGACGUUGAAAGAAUACAAUGUAACCUUAAAAGUGCAAAAAGUCCAUAGAAACAAACUUUGUCGUCUCAUUGUGUUGUCAGUUUUUACUUGAUAUGUCUCACUUUAGUGAUUUCAUGGACGGCGUUCCCGUUAAAAUAUCAGAGAAAUACAAGAGACCACCACGUAUAGAGUUGCCUUAUAGUGUUACUGAAUGCCCUUUGAGGUCGCAAAAUUUCGUUGAAAGUGUAAAAUAUUGCUCAACUUUCGAGAGGAAUGUGCUUUCUAAACUUAAAGAGCUCCGUAGUGCGAAGGAGACGAGGAAAAACGAGAGGAAACACCGGUUACAGUUAUUAGAGGAAGCCAAACAAAAGAAGUUAGAUGCAAUAGCUGUGGCUGAGGCUGAGGAGAAGUUGAAACAGCUAAGUGUGUCUGAAGUGUCGUAUCCCAGCACUGAUGAGAUAAGCGCUCUGUCCCCUGAUGAUAAAGCAGACAGGAUCAAUACAUGUCCUUCACAGGACAGCAGUCCUGAAGUUGACAAAUCUGUUAACACAGAUAUUGAAUACAUUUGUACUUCUGCCCAGUCUCAGACAAACAUCCUCCAACCUAUUCAAGUUCAGUCAAACUACCAGCAAAGCAAUUUGCUUGAUGACCCUGAUCCCUUACAGGAGUACAAAAACCAGACUAAAAUGAACAAAUACCCACAUUAUAAUCGGAACACAGAUGCCUUAACUUUUAAAGAUUUUGAGAGUGAUACCUCUAGCCCAUUUGAUAAUGUUGAACUGAAGACCAUUAAUGAUAUGGAGUUGUUAGCUCAGGUGUUGCAAAGCCAGAGAGGUUCGGCGGCUAGCUGUGAACCUCAAAAUUAUAACCAAGAAGAUCUUUACACAGGUUAUACCAAUUGUGCUACGCAGGCACAAAUGAAUGGUGUUACAUAUCUACCAAAUGCAUAUGUGGAACCACCAGUUCAAAAUCCUAAUGUAAUAUAUGCCUCCCCACAACAUUACCCUGUUUCAAAUGGCUAUUAUGUACAAGAAAAUGUCUGUGAUAAUCAAACUAUGGAGAAUAUGUAUGUACCCAAUUACCAGUAUUAUGUUCCUAAUCAAUACCCAGGUCCGAGCAUACCUUAUCAACAAUAUAAUCAGUUACCAACAAGUUCCAGAGAACUACAAGCCCAGAAUGGUCCAUUCAUACCUCAACCAUAUUACUAUCAAAACCCUCCUGUUCCAUUUGUUGCAAAUACUCAAGUACCGGAGACUAAUGAUCAGGAGGAUAUUCCAUAUGUUAGCUCACAGACUACAGUAAAAUCUAGAUCAAGAAGUGUUCCUGAUAUAGUUAAAGAGUUAAACGAUGAGUUAGCAUCAGCAUAUCAAAGAGCUAACGAACGCUCAUAUAAUGCAAGCCCAGCACCUGUUAAUGUUCCUAGGUCAUCUUCCCAUAGUGAUAAGAAAGAGGAAAGGAGGAAAAAAAGAAUAGAAAAGUUACCAAAUCCUUAUGAAAAGUUUCCUGCUAAAUUGCAAAAUAUGUGUCAGCAAAUACAUAGUAUGGGGUUCCCAUUGGACAGGGUGGCUAGAAUGUGUAGUCUUGUAGGGGAAAAUGAUAAAAAGGUUAUUGAAUGUCUUCUCAUCCUUGGAGAGUUGAUGGAUCUAGGAUUCUCAGAAGGGAGAGUUUCAACUGCGCUGGCUAAGCACGAGUUUAAUAGAGAUAAAGCCUUAGAUGAACUUGUUUCUUAAUAUUUAUGAAAUAAAGGUAUAUUAAGUUUAUUGCACAUCUUACAGUAUGCUGAAGACAUUAACAUUUAUGAACAGAAAUUCCCUGGUGCCAUUGUUUUAUAAGUGUGAGGUUCUAGUUUAUACAAGUUUAUAAUAUCUGAAUUUUCUCUGUCCUAUCCUGUUUGCCAUGUUCUGAAGUUUCAAUAGCAAAUUGUGUUCCAGUAUGGUGACACUUAACAAUAACGAUUAUGGGAAUUAUAUAACUGGCAUACUUUGAUUGACUUUGAUCACCACUUACCAAGGGAAUUAUAAAAAAAAACGGCUCUUAUAGCUUGUUCUCUUAGAUGUGCAAUAAGCUUAAUGCAAAUGCAGAGUCAGUAACAUCUUAGUUGAAGUGAAGUACACUUUUUAAACAAGAUUUAGUUCAUGGACUCUGAUACAAAUAAGAAUUGAAAAACAUAUUAUGGAUGAGUUAAAAUAUUAUUUACUCAAAUAUUUCAAGUAACUUAGAAAAGGCUUGUGAACAUGCUCGGAUAGUUCUUAUAUAAUCACAUUUAAAUGUGGCAUUCAAAUAAACCUAGGUUUAACUUAACUGAAUGAUUUUUCCUGGGUAAUCUAUUUCUUUCUGUAAGAUAUUUAAUUAUUUUUUAUUUAUAGUACAUAUUCAGUAAAUAUAUAUUAUUCACAAAAACUUUGAGGCGAAAUUGUCUUUUAAUAACCUGACAGUUUGCCGCUUGUCUUUGCAUUUAGUAAUAAAGUAAUUUACUGGAUUUCAAAUAAACAAAUAUAAAUAAUAACAAAUAUGUACAUUGUUACUGACUCUGUACAAAUUUAUCAUUGAGGUUCAAUUAAAUUGGUAUACUUUUACCACAAAAUAAUAUAAUGUAAAGAUUAUAUAACGUAAUGAUAAAUAUAGAUAUGUAUUCUUCGAUAUAUGUAGAAAUAAUAUGGUUAAAAAUUGUGGGUCCCUUAAAGGCAGGUUUACAUUAAGACAGUGGUGCUAAUCUUAGCUUAAAUAAAUUGGGAGCUUUUUACAAAGAAUGGCUUCUGGAAUUAUUGAUCCCGUAAAAAUCCCGCUGAUUUUUAUGUAUUAGAUUUUAACGAUUUUCAUUAAUAGAUAUUAAAUAAAAUAUUAGGAAAUAAUAAAUAAAUAAAUGAUAGUGGUAAAUAUUUUCGCAAAAUAUUUGACAAAUGAAACAAAUGGAUUUUAUCUGUUGCACGCUUUGUGCACUAAGAAUUAAAAUAAGUGUUAAUUUGUAAAUUUAAUUGGAAAAUAAUAGAUUAAAAAAUCCUGUUUAGAUUUAUUUACAACUGAAUUUGUAUCACGGUCUAAGGCAAUAUUUCAGCUCCUUCGCAACAUUUUCAUGCUAUGUAAAUAUUAAAUGCGAGUUCAAUUUACUUGCAAUGCCUGCUUUCCGAACGCCAGCGAGCUGUUUCAAUUCCCUGUCUUAAACCAUACCUGCCUUAAUAUUAAGCGUAGUAGCUAGAUCUUCAUUAGUAAUGAUGCUUUUAUGCAGAAUAAUAACGCAUUUAUGUUAAAAAUUGGACUGAUAUCACAACUAAAUAUAUAAUUCGGUUACCUUUUUGAGAUGUUAAGCUGGACACACAUAUAGCAGAAUAUGCCCUACGCGUCGCUAUAUUUGUCUAAUUUUUUAAUCAGUGUCUGAGAUUAUUUCAUGUCAUUUAGAAGCUUGACAACAAAAAUGUAUUUUAUAGAACAAGUUUCAAAUAAUCAUCAUUGUUAGCAUAUUAAGUUUACAGUAGAAACAGAGUUUCUAUUUUUUUUUUUUAAUAAAGUAGUUAAUUACGGUGUUUCUACUAAAUGUGUGGUUCAGCUUUGAAUAUACAUGAAAUAGAUAAAUUGUUGUGUUUUUCUUAUUUAACAAAAUGAAAGCUGCUGUUUUAGUCUUACCAGAUGGUGGCAUACGCGAGUGGAAUAUCUGUGAGUACUGAGUAGUCACUUCAUUGAUUUUAUUAUUAGGAAAAUUAUUUCGUACACCUUUUAUGUCUCAGAGUUGUAAAGUUAUAUUUUAGCCCCUUUGUAUGAAUUUGAUUUUAAUGGAAAUUUAUCGAAUUUUAUCGUAAAAUAAAUCUAUUUAAUUUUACUUUAGUUAAUUAUGGGUCAUAGCGUGACUUAACAAAUGGACUAUUUGAAUCCUACCCAAAAGUUAAUAUCGUUCUAAAGGACCUCUGGUCAAACAAAUAUCUAGUUUAUAAAUACUUUAGAUUUUGCAAUCGGUGGGAUGCAUGUCCGAAAAUCAUUCACCGAUACGAGACUUAAAAAUAAAUUAAAUCAUUUAACUAUAGGCGUGAAUAAAAAUUCAAGUGGCGUCUGC